AUGACCAAGUCUACCCACGUGGCGUUGAACGGCAGUGAAGGAGGCUCUAGGUCAGCCCGUGACCUUGAGCUGUUGUCGGCGCUUGAAACCAUCCACGGGAGUCUAUCUGCCAGGUCUGAGGGUGUUCAGUGCGCCAGCCGCCUUCUUCAACAAAACAACGCCGACAACCUUGAGAUUUUCCACCGCAUGAGUGACCUUGUGGCGUCAGCCAAAACACAGCUCGACGUCAAUUCUUCCAAAAUGCACCAACUUCUAGUUGAAGUCAACCGCGCACACGCCAAAACCAGUGAACAGGAAGCUAACGUCAGACGUGAAAAUGACGUGAUUCUGUCUUGUGUGACGAACUUGGAGGAUGCGCUGACAACUCGCGAUGGACAAAUUCGUGAAUUGGUGAAAGCAGUCAAAUUCCUGCGGGCGCAGUCCACAGACCUUCAAGGGCAGCUGGCGAUGAAGCAGCUGGAAGUUCAGAAAAUCCAGACGACUCUGUCGCGUGCGCAGCAGGACAAGCUUGACUUGCUGAGAUCUCAACGACCACCACCACCGCCACCUCAGACUCCAUCACACGUCCAAGAUCGGCAAGAAGGCGAACUUGUUGAGGAACUCAACAGAAAAGUCAAGAGUUUGACCUCGCAACUGGAUAAGAAAACGGAAAUCCAGAAGCGCCAAAACGCCAGAAUUUCACAGCUGGAAUCGCAAAAUACCAAACUGUCUGCAGAGGCGCAGUCGAAAAAGACAUUUACGGUCGACAAACGCGUAAUCAGCCAAUUGUCUGAAGAUAUACGCCAUUUGAAGGCAGAGAAUGCUGGGCUGAAAAAUCCUGUGCAGUUCGCAGACUUGGAUCAUAAUUUUUAUCUCCUGAAAGAGUACAACAUCGCUAAUGAAGGAAAGAAGCACGCAGAAGCAGAACUCAAGCAAGCGUUACGGAAACUCGAUGAGUCGCAGAGGGAAACUGCAGUGGCCAGGAAGCAGCUCCUCUUGAAUAAUGCUAGUCUGAGACAAAUGGAAGAGCAAAAUCGGCUUCUUGUGGAGCGCCUGCGAUCGAUAACACAGUCGCCGGGAACGCGGGGUGGCAUAUUGCGAAGGACAGGAAACGUGCCAGGGGGAAAUAACCGCCACCUCUCCUUUCGACUAACUCCCGACGAACGCCCACAUUCAACCGACCAAUUAUAUUCCGAGUUGGACUCCGCCAGAAAGGAGAAUGCAAAGUUGAAGAUUAAGAAUGCUGAACUGAAGACGUCAGUUGAACAGCUAAACGCGCGGAUAUCUCAGUUGAAAUUAACAAGACCCUAUUCCCCGUCUCUGGACGAUGCUAUUGGUUCGAUUGAAGUAAAGCAGGCCCCCAGUAGCGGCAAGUCUGCGGGUGAACUGGAAGUCGUGAUCGUCAAAAUGAAGUCUGUUCUGGACCGCAUUUUGGCAGAAAACAGUCGACUCAAGCGGAAUUUGGCGAAAAAACAAAGCACAGAAGGUGUGGAGCACCUCAGAGCUGAGAACGAACAGCUGACAGAGCGCCUUAGACAGGCGGAAUUGGCGGCAGGAGCUACAUUGGCGGAGCGACGUCUUCAGAGUGAAAAGGCCCUAGCCCGACUUAGCAUUGAGUACGACAAACUUCGUGAACUCCUCCUUAAGGUAGGCCACUGUCGUGUUAAUGGCCAAUGA